AAACAGUGCUGCCCACAGAGUGAACAAGAGUGAAAGUCCUUUGGGAAUUAAAAGGAGCAUUUUAGAGGGAGGAAGGAAUAGACAAAGCCACAAGUGCCUGGCAAGGGUCCACAGCAAAGAAUAGAGAGAGACAGAGAAGUGUCUGGAGACAGCUUUCUGAGGAAGAGACGAAUUGUUAGAGGAAGGGACAGGAGAGAUAGCAGAGCUAUUUCAAGAGCGAGCAACAGAAGGGAACAUAAGAAUCCACAGACUAUCUAAAGUAAGCGAGGAAGGGUCCAGAGGCAGUGACAGAAGGCCAGGAGCAGGGCCCAGUCCAGGAUAGGUCCUAUCGCUGAGGGGAUGAACUUCACAGUGGGUUUCAAGCCGCUGCUAGGGGAUGCACACAGCAUGGACAACCUGGAGAAGCAGCUCAUCUGCCCCAUCUGCCUGGAGAUGUUCUCCAAACCGGUGGUGAUCCUACCCUGCCAGCAUAACCUGUGCCGGAAGUGUGCCAACGACGUCUUCCAGGCCUCAAACCCUCUGUGGCAAUCCCGAGGCUCUACUACUGUGUCUUCAGGAGGCCGAUUCCGCUGCCCAUCUUGCAGGCAUGAGGUUGUUCUGGACCGACACGGUGUCUAUGGCCUGCAGCGAAACCUGCUAGUGGAGAACAUUAUUGACAUUUAUAAGCAGGAGUCAUCAAGGCCACUGCACUCCAAGGCUGAGCAGCACCUAAUGUGUGAGGAACAUGAGGAAGAGAAGAUCAAUAUCUACUGCCUGAGCUGUGAAGUGCCCACCUGCUCUCUCUGCAAGGUCUUUGGUGCCCACAAGGACUGUGAGGUGGCCCCUCUGCCCACCAUUUACAAACGCCAGAAGAGUGAACUCAGCGAUGGCAUCGCGAUGCUAGUGGCAGGCAAUGACCGUGUGCAAGCAGUGAUCACACAGAUGGAGGAGGUGUGCCAGACAAUUGAGGACAACAGCCGGAGGCAGAAGCAGUUGCUAAACCAGAGGUUCGAGUCCCUGUGCGCUGUGCUGGAGGAGCGCAAGGGCGAGCUGCUGCAAGCGCUGGCCCGGGAGCAGGAGGAGAAGCUGCAGCGCGUGCGCGGCCUCAUCCGGCAGUACGGGGACCACCUGGAGGCCUCCUCUAAGUUGGUGGAGAGCGCCAUACAGUCCAUGGAGGAGCCGCAGAUGGCUCUGUACCUCCAGCAGGCCAAGGAGCUGAUCAAUAAGGUCGGGGCAAUGUCGAAGGUGGAGCUGGCAGGACGGCCGGAGCCAGGCUAUGAGAGCAUGGACCAGUUCACCGUGAGCGUGGAGCACGUGGCCGAGAUGCUGAGGACCAUCGACUUCCAGCCGGGCGCUUCCGGGGAGGAAGAGGAUGAGGAGGCGUCUUUGGACCGGGACGAGGGCAGCGCAGGGCCGGAGGAAGAGCGGCUGGAGGGGCCGGAAGGUGAGAGUGGCCUGCACUGA